AUGCCUGGCCAAACUGGAAUCGUCGAGCCUCCCCUCGUCGUCCGCGACAUGGACGACGCGGAGAAGCUCGUAGUCGAAGAGUUUGACCGUCACGUCGGUCACUGCACCCAGUGUACCACCGCCCUUAACCAACCCAGAGACAGCCUCUGCGAGCGCGGCCACCCUCGUGCCAUCGACGUGACCAAAUAUCUAUACAGCAAGGACGGAAAAUACUUCUCGGUCGUGGACAAAGAGAGUAAUGUUCUGAUGAGAGUCAAGCUUCCCCGUGAAGCCAACUCCAUCCGCAACCUCCUCGACGCCGUCGCCGCAGGCCUGACCCUCAACUCCCCUCGUCGUGGCCGUGCCUCUCCCGUCCGUUCUCCUAGAACUAGCACUAUCUAUGUUCCAACUCGCCGACCUGUGAUCGAGCAAGUCCGUCCAUCCCGCUCAUACUCCCCGGAGCCGGAGCGCACCGCAACAGAGAUCAUCGAGAGAGCUCCUCGCUCUGAGCGCUCUCCAGGCCAGGACAGACGCCACGUUAUCGUCUAUCAAUCCCCUCGCAGCUCAAUGUCCCGCAGCCCAUCCAGCCGUGGCUCGCUCUAUAGCUCCGACCGCGAGCGCUCCGAGCAGCGAUUCGAGUCCUCUCGAAUCCGCCGCCGAGGCGCAGACUACCGCUUCUAA